UUUUGGCAUUUAUAAAAACUGACGCUUAUCUUCUUGUUUGCCUGUGGGCGGAAAUUGUUCAGACGAUCGAAUUGCCUUUGAUCAGCAGUUCGAGGACUAACAAAGAUUUCCUAGUUCACUCAGGAUAUCCGAAGCCUGGAGACAUUCCGCUCCUCAACCGGAAGAUUUUCAAAGGCACUCGAGUCUCAAUAAAUGAGCAUCCGUACGUUGUGAGCAUCCGUAGGCUGUACUCUCACUACGCUAUGGGCUGUUUAUUGACGAGGACUGUAGUCAUAUCCGUGGCUCACCCUUUUGUCGACGUUCCCGUAACAGACCUUGGCGUGGUGUCGGGCGAGAACUACGCAGACCGUGGUCAUUUCCUAAUAAACGUGCUCUUUCUUGUCAUACAUGAAGACUUUGAUCGGACUACAUUAAACGCUGAUUUGGCCCUCAUUACAACCAUACGGGACAUUGAGUUUAGGAAUAAAGUCAAACCAAUUAUGUUGAUUGAACCGAAAAAACCGAUAGCAAACAAGAACGCCUUUGUUACCGGGUGGGGACGAUGUGCUCAAAACGGUCCCGAAAUAUGUUUGCCUCGCUCGUCAAAAUACUACCCUGAUGAGAUAUUGGAUAUGAUGCUGAUGAGCAUCUCAUUUCAAAUCAAGUUACCGAAUCGUAGCUGCUUGGUUUAUAAAAAUAACGAAGUGGACUUCAAGCCGGGUAUGCUGUGCGUCGGCGUGGCGAGGCAGGUGGAACCGAACUGCUCUUGUUUGGGAGUUCCGGGCGCCCCCCUUGUCGUCGAUUCGACAUUGCUUGGCCUCCAGUCCUGGGGCUUGGGGUGCGGCUAUCAGCAUGACCUACCUUUAGUUUAUACCGACAUGAUGUAUUACGAAAGAUGGCUGGUACACAACAUCAACAUACUCCAGCUUCUAGGAAAAAGCAACCUGACAACUAUUAUUGAGGCAACGAAUAGCUACAUUGCGGCUUUGUGGCUCCGAACGACCAGGGUGAUUAAGCCGCCGUCCUAUAUGUACGUUAACAAAGAACUCGAGCCGAUGACAUUCGAUAAAUACAUCGUCAAAUUAAAAGGAACGGUGUACGAUAUCCGCGAUGUAAUAAAAGAAGGAGCAUUCAGCAAAAUGAAGCAAGAAAUGUUAAAAAAAUUAAGAAAAGAAGAAAAAAUGAUCAAUUACUUAAGGAAAGAUAAAACCAAAAUUGAAGUUCGGCCAUUUUUGAAUAAAAAUAUACGUGUAGCGGAUGUUACCGACAAGGUCUACGAUGAUUUGAAUGAUUUGAUUGUUGAAGACGACGAAAGCGAUACUGAUAAUGUAACCAAUUCUGUUGAAGAAGACACCGGUGACAAUUAUUAAAAAGUCGAACACAGUCUGUUUUAGUCUAACUUCUGAGUCUAAACUACGAGUAAAUUAGUGAUACUUGAUUUCUCUUUAUAAAGUUUUAUAGCUUAGUUUUCUUUCAUCCCAAAUUUGAAACUACUCGUAUACUCUGAACAUAAUUAAAAACAUAAUAAUAGCCUGUUUAAUAUCGAGCUUAAUUUGUUUGUUGAUUUUAAAAUAUUAAACUCAAUUUAAUUAAAUAUAACAAAUAGGUGUAUUGAUAAAUCUUUUUGACUAAUUUGUGGACAUAAACAAGGUUUAUUACAAUGCUGCUGAAUUUGCUUCUGCGGACAAAACAGAAUUACCAUACAGCUUUAUCAGGCAGCCCAAUGUUUGCAUAGGCAUUUCUUGUAUAAUUACACUUGUAUUGCCCGUAUGUUACAGGUCAUACACGCAAAACCCAAAGCAGUUUAACAUUUAAAUAAUUUAAGAUCUGCCUUAAGGUAAGGACUAUGUUUUCUUUGGCUGUCAAGUUUCACGAACAGAAUUUAAAAAAAAAACAACGGAAUGUAACAAGAAAACUUAAUAAAGAAAAAUUAAUAAUAGAAUAUAAAUAUUUUUAACAUCAGAGAUAUUGUUGUCCUGUUAGUUAAAAUAAAUUGUUUUCAACUAAAUACAGAUAUUACUGUGAUCAAAA